ACGUUAACAAAAGAACAUUAACCAUUAAAUAGUUAAGAAACAAAAAACAAACAAAUUUAAAAAAAUAUCUUUACAAUAAUUAAAGAAUUGUGCCUCGAAAAAUUUAAGUGUUUUCAUUUUGAAAUAAAACAAGAAAUAUUAAAAACAGUUUUAAAAUAAAAACAAAUAUUGCCAUGAAUUUCCUACAACAAGUUUAUGUGCUAUUGGCUUUUUUGGCUUUAAAUCAUUUGGUAAGAGGCGAGGAUACAGAGGCACUUAAGCAAAAGCCCAACAACCUUUGCAAAUCUAAACCAAAUGGAGCCCUGCUAGACCACCCCAAUGACUGCCACAAAUUCUACAUCUGCAUCAAUCACAAGCCCUAUGAAUACAACUGUGAUCCCGACUUCCACUACGAUGCCACAACACGCACUUGUGUACCCGGCUCUUCUUGUUCUAGUGAUUCUAACAAACCAGCCACUUGCUCUGAGGGCACAAUUCAAGCGGUAAAUGAUGAUUGUUAUAUCUUUGAGGCUUGUAUUAAGGGACAAUUUCAAAAACUAAACUGUCCUCCCAACUAUUAUUUUAAUGCUAAACAAGCUCACUGUAUGCCCUUUACAUAUGAUGCUGAAUUGAAAUGCAAUUGCCUAAUGCCAGAGCACACGGUCUUGGAGAAUAAAAACAACUGUGAGACCUAUUAUGUUUGCCGUGAAAAAUCCGCCAUUUUGGAAAAUUGUCCUUUGGGUCAAUAUUACAAUGUACAGCUUAAUACCUGUAUAACUGAUCUGGAUGGAGUAUGCCUAAUGAAACCCACCAUUACACCAGAAUUGGAAGAGGAAUUAGGUGUUAACCAUUUAAAUAAAAUGGAAAAUGGUGUUGAAUCUGCCUGUGCAAAAUUGGGUUUAGAGGGUAUACAUUUUCAAACAUUCCCCAAGGAAUGUAAUACAUUUUAUAUAUGUGUCAAUGGCCAGCUUUAUACCCAACAUUGUCCCCAGGAUUUUUACUAUGACAGUGAUAAAAAGUAUUGUGUGCUUGAUGAGACAAACAAAUGUUCUAAGGAAUUUCCAAGAAAAUAAAUUAUUUUCAAAAUUUAUUAAGUUUUAAAUAAAAUGAAUACUUGCAGUAUUUUAAAGCAGAACCUCAUAAAA